AUGCUUAUCAGUUUAGAGAGGGACAGAACAUGUGGCCAGGCCAACGGCCUGGUAACCACCCUGCGUAAUACACACUCAUCAUCCACAAUCCGCUCAGCCAACAGAGAGACAGGUCUUCCCCCAGAACAGGAGAAAUACCAGAGUAAGUCUGGGAAAAGAGUAUGACUACAGAAUGAUGGAAUUGCCCUCUAUGACCAAGACAAAGACCCAACCAAAAACACAUCUCAGAAACACCCCAAAGAUUCUGAGUUUCCUGUCAGCAGCUGUAUGAACCCCUACUUAGGCCAAAUAAAAGCUCUGGCCUCACAGAGCACUAAAGCAUCUGGAUUCUGCCUCACCAACUCACUGAAGGCCCAUCCCUGCCAAUAAGCUGUCUCGCCCUGCACCCCAUCAGGUUUAUUGUAGCCUCCUCCAGUGACGAUCAGCUCUGGAGGUUGUGGGGUAUGCCUGUGGGGGAGAUGAUCAUGACUGGGGUGGGUCAUAGUGAUUGGCUCUCUGGCUGCAGCUUUCACCCAAAUGGUGGAAGCCUGGCCACCACCAGUGGAGACACAACAGUAAGGAUCUGGGAUUUCUCCCAAGGCCGCUGCAUCCUGACUCUGAAUGACCACACCCAUGCCACAUGGGGCUGCUCCUUCCACUCAUGUGGGGACUUUGUCGCCUCUUGCUCAAUGGACACUACAAAGGUGUGGGACCUGCAAAGGGAGCGCUGUCGUAGCACCCUUCUUGGCCACGUUGACUCAGUCAACAGUGUUACUUUCCUGCCCUUUUCCAACACUCUUCGUACUUGCUAG